ACAACGCUCGUAUUGCACGUCAAUCUGCCUGCAUUGGACCUUUUACAUACAAUGUCACCACUCGAGACCAACAUUCGAAAUGUUCUCUCCACCCUCGCACCAAAGUUGCAGGCCUUCCGCCAACCAUCCUCGCGUCCAAUCAUCCUCGGCAUAACAGGACUUCAAGGUUCCGGAAAAUCAACGUGGGCAUCGGUCGUUGUGAAACUGCUUACGACAGAAUACAACCUUUCUGCUAUUACGGUAUCUCUGGAUGAUUUCUACAAGACACAUGACGAUUUGAUAGCCCGUCGAAAACAAGAUCCAGACAAUAAAUUGUAUCGGACGAGAGGUCAACCAGGCACACAUGACGAGAAACUAGCCGCGCGAUUCUUUCACGACUUAGAAGCUUUUGGGGGAGGCGGGGAAGUCAGAAUACCAAGCUUCGACAAGAGCAUGUUCAAUGGCGAGGGCGAUCGUGCAACUCAAGAAAAUUGGCCCAUCAUACGACAAAAGCCAGAUGUGGUCGUUUUCGAAGGCUGGUGUGUUGGUUUCCGCCCACUGUCGACAGAAGCUGUGCACGAGAAACAUCAAUCAGCGCUCGCUAGCAAACUACCAAUCAACACUCCUGCAAAACACAAAGUAGAUCAUCUGCUGGAUGUCAAUGAGUGUCUACAGCGAUAUUGCGAGGCCUUCAUGGGGCCCAAACAUUUCGAUUUCAUGAUUCACAUUGACACGGACGAUCUACGUAACGUCUACAAGUGGCGAUUGGAGCAGGAGCACAAAUUAAUCGCCGCAAAGGGAACGGGCAUGAGUGACGAGCAGGUAGCAGCUUUCAUAGACAACUAUAUGCCCGGAUAUGAGCUAUAUCUGGACGAACUGAGAAGGGGUUUCUUCGACGAGAGAAACGGGAACCAGAUGAGGGUCCUCUUAGAUGUAGAGAGAGCCGUAAAGAAGGUGGAAGAAUUGUAG